AUGCAUCAGCAAGAACCACAGUCGGGCUUAACUUCUGCCUCGAAUCCACCGUCAGACAACACCAUGUCUUUCUCCAGCCUUGUACAAGAUCUCUCGCUCCGGGACCCCAAUGCGCCCAGGCGCCGCGGUGACGCUUCUGUCUCUACCAUCGACGACCGCGCUUCUCGCACUUCCCACAUCUCCCGCGCCAUGUCCUAUGCCAGCACCGCCGCCACGAGCGUCAGCAUCGCCGGCGACAUCUCCAGCCAGCUCCAUGGCGGUUAUGCCCAUCCCCUUGCCCGCUCAUGGCAGGCCGAGCGUCAACUAACAAAGUCCAUGCUCAUCUACCCCCUAUUCGUUUCCGACAACGACGAUGAAGAGGUUCUUAUCCCUUCUCUCCCGAACCAAUACCGCCGUGGCAUCAACAGACUUGUUCCCUUCCUCGAGCCGCUCGUUCACAAGGGCCUUCGCUCCGUCAUUCUCUUCGGUGUUCCUCUCAAGCCCGGUACCAAGGAUGCUCUUGGAACCUCUGCCGAUGAUCCGGAGGGUCCCGUCAUCAAGAGUAUCCGCCUCUUGAGGCAAAGAUUCCCUCAGCUCUACAUCAGUGUCGACGUCUGCCUGUGCGAGUACACUUCACACGGCCACUGCGGUAUUUUGCGCGAUGACGGCAGUCUCAACAACCAAUUGUCGGUCGAUCGUAUCUCGGACGUUGCUCUUGCCUAUGCCAAGGCCGGCGCCCACUGCGUUGCUCCUUCCGACAUGAAUGACGGUCGCAUUCGUGCCAUCAAGCUGAAGCUUAUCGAGGAGGGUAUUGUCCACCGUGUGACUCUCAUGUCGUACGCCGCCAAGUUCUCAGGCUGCCUUUACGGCCCCUUCCGUGACGCUGCCGGCUCAUGCCCUUCCUUUGGCGACCGCAAGUGCUACCAGCUACCUCCCGGAGGCCGCGGUCUGGCUCGUCGUGCCAUUGUUCGUGACAUCAACGAGGGUGCCGAUAUCAUCAUGGUCAAGCCCGCAAGCCAGUACCUGGACAUUAUCAGUGACGCCAAGGAGCUCGGAAAGGACUUGCCUAUUGCUGCCUACCAGGUUAGCGGUGAAUUCGCCAUGAUCCACGCCGCCGCAAAGGCCGGUGUGUUCGAUCUCAAGGCUAUGGCCUUUGAAGCCACCGAGGGUAUUCUCCGGGCUGGCGCCACCAUCAUCAUCAGCUACUUCGUCCCCGAGUUCCUUGACUGGCUCUCCACAUGA